CUCGGGGAUCUGCCCCACGUGUAGCUGCUAGCGACCAGCGCAGAGAUGGCGGAGAUCGCUCUGUUCAGUGUGUCUGAUAAAACCGGACUGGUAGAGUUUGCGCAGCAGCUGAGCACCCUUGGCCUCUCUUUAGUUGCCUCUGGAGGGACUGCAAAGUGUCUGCGGGAUGCUGGCCUCUCUGUCAGGGAUGUGUCUGAGAUCACUGGGUUUCCCGAAAUGUUGGGGGGCCGGGUGAAAACUCUGCACCCUGCAGUUCACGCAGGGAUCCUGGCACGAAGCAGCCCUGAAGAUCAAGCUGAUCUAAACAAAUUGGGCUUCAGCUAUGUAAGAGUUGUAGUGUGUAACCUGUACCCAUUUGUGAAGACUGUGUCUGCAGCUGGCGUUACAGUGGAGGAAGCAGUGGAACAAAUUGAUAUUGGUGGUGUCACACUGUUACGUGCUGCUGCAAAGAACCAUGCCCGUGUCACUGUUCUGUGCGACCCUAGUGACUACAAGAGCAUCGCAGAGGAGAUGGGGAAAUCGGAUAAGAAGGACACCACUCCAGAGAGACGAUGUCAGCUGGCCCUUAAGGCAUUUACCCACACUGCACAGUACGAUGACGCCAUCUCUGAUUAUUUUCGGAAGCAGUACAGUAAGGGCACUUCUCAGCUUCCUCUGCGCUAUGGAAUUAACCCCCAUCAGGUUCCUGCUCAGAUUUAUACCCGUGGUCCACAGCUUCCCCUCACAGUGCUGAAUGGCUCUCCUGGGUUCAUUAACUUGUGUGAUGCUCUAAAUGCAUGGCAGCUUGUUAGAGAAUUGAAAAAUGCACUGGGACUACCGGCUGCCACAUCCUUCAAACAUGUCAGCCCAGCAGGUGCCGCUGUCGGGGUGCCCCUGACGGAGGAAGAAGCUCAAGUCUGUAUGGUCCAAGAUCUCUUCCCAACACUUACACCUUUAGCCACUGCAUAUGCUCGAGCCAGAGGGGCAGAUAGAAUGUCCUCUUUUGGUGACUUCAUCGCUGUCUCUGAUGUGUGUGAUGUCGCCACAGCAAAAAUCAUCUCACGGGAGGUAUCAGAUGGUAUUGUGGCUCCUGGGUAUGAGGAUGAAGCUCUCAAAAUCCUUUCUAAGAAGAAGAACGGAAGUUACUGUGUCCUGCAGAUGGACCCUUCGUAUGAGCCCAGUGACAUUGAAAUUCGGAGCAUCUUUGGCCUGCAGCUUGAGCAGAAGAGAAAUGAUGCAGUGAUAGACCGCAAUUUGUACAACAACGUUGUAACCAACAACAAAGAGAUCCCAGAGUCUGCUGUCAGAGACCUCAUAGUGGCCACAAUAGCUCUGAAGUAUACACAGUCUAAUUCUGUCUGCUAUGCUAAAGAUGGGCAGGUGAUUGGUAUGGGUGCGGGACAGCAAUCCCGUAUCCACUGUACCAGACUAGCAGGGGACAAAGCUGAUAACUGGUGGCUGCGGCAUCACCCACGUGUCCUUGGCAUGAAGUUCAAAGCUGGGGUGAAGAGGGCCGAUAUCUCAAAUGCUAUUGAUCAGUAUGUGAGCGGCACCUUGGGAGAGGAAGAUCUGCCACAGUGGCAAGCCCUGUAUGAUCAGCCUCCAGAGCAGCUGACAUUGGCAGAGAAAAAGGAUUGGAUCUCUAAACUCAGUGGAGUUUCCUUGAGUUCAGACGCCUUCUUUCCAUUCAAGGAUAACUUGGAGCGAGCAAAGAAGAGUGGGGUUCAGUUCAUUGCUGCUCCAUCUGGUUCUUCUGCAGAUAAGAUUGUGAUCGAUGCCUGCAAUGAGCUGGGUAUAGUGCUAGCACACACAAACCUCCGGCUCUUCCACCACUGACAUUCCUGCUGUCGUUCAUGUUGUGCUCAUGCAGUAAAAUAUGGAUGGUUCCUAUUAAAAGCUUUUGCACAUCCA